UCUCAAGACCCUCACAAUUCACAAACAUCAAAAAAAACAUGCCAAUGUCUUCCACAUCCACCCCUGAAUCACUUGCUCACAUCCAAUCAAGAAGAAUUCUCCUUGACAUUAACCUUUUAGCCCCUGCAAUUCCUCCGUCCAGGGAAGAUGAUAUUGACACAAAUAUUAUCAUUGUCCUCUCUGUCCUUGUAUGUGCAGUAAUUUGCUCUCUAGGAUUCUUUUGUGUGAUCAAGUGUGCAUUACAAUGCUCUACUUUAAUGAGAUCUGCUGCUGGGUCUGGCGCUGACCAGUCAAGUAAGUCAGCAAAUACAGGAGUGAAGCAGAAAACACUGAAGUCUUUCCAAGUAGUGAAAUACACAGACAAGUUGAUGCUGCCAGGCUUGGACAAGUCAUGUGCUAUAUGCUUGUCCGAGUUUGCAGUUGGGGACAGUCUCAGGGUUCUUCCCAAGUGCAACCAUGGAUUCCAUAUUUGUUGCAUCGACAAAUGGCUCAGAUCAAGUUCCUCGUGCCCUACUUGCAGGCACUGCCUGACCAAACCAAGUCAGAAGAUUGUUCACUGUGACGAGGCUUCUCCUCCUGGGCAAGGAAGCACAGCGGUUAAUCAAGUUAGCACAUAUGCAUAAUUUAGAAUAGCGUAGGCAGGUAUUAGUAUCAAUAUAACUAUGGUAAAGUCUGCGAGAAAAUGUUGCAGUAGCUUCUUGUAUAAAAUUCCUGUAACGUU